AUGUUUAUGAUUUAUAAAUAUGAUAAUUUUCAAACUUUAGAGGAUAAUGAGAAAAGAGAAAUUAAAAGAUUAAGCAAUAAAGUUUAUUAUUUGUAUGUAACAGUAGCUAAACGAUUAGAUUUCAUAGAGUUUGGAAAUAAGAGUGAAAAAUUAGACAAAAUUAAAGAAUUGAUAAAAAAAUUUUCAAAGAGCAGUUCUAAGACAAACUAUAAACAUAAUAGUUAA